AUGCAUGGACGGAGAGCCAGCAGCUCCAAAGAUGAGAAAGCCAAGCUAGAAAGGGUCAAAGAAUUCAUUCCCCUUGUGAACCAUUUGAUAAAAAAGAAGAAUGAAAAAAGCUAUGAUAAAGAAUACAUCGAGACGACAUCCGUCAUUUUGAGGAGGUGUCCUUAUCUACAGACUUUGUGGAAUUUCAGGAGGGAAUAUUUUGAGUCUGUGCAAAAUGCCGGGCCACCGGUUGGCGAAGUGGGGAAAGGCGAUGAAGAAGCGGAUUGCCCGAAGCAUCUCCCCCCGGAGCAGCUAAAAAUUUUGAUGAAAAAUGAAAACACAAUGGUUGAAGAAAUUUUGAGCAAAUUUAACAAGUGCAGCGAAUUAUGGUUUCACAAAUUGUGGAUAAUAAAAUUUUGUCUAAAAAAUGAUUUAAUGGACUUUUCUGACCUGAUGAAUGAGUUAGAAUUUUGUAAAGUCGCCUUCUACAAAGAUGAUAGGAACUACCACUGUUGGAAUUACCGAUCCUACAUCAUCGCGUGUGUGCAUAUAUGUGUGAAGAGGGGUAAUAAUGGGAAGUGUCACAGCGGGGAAGCUCAAAAUGGGAAAGGCAGUACUGACGUACAUGACCCCGCCCCCGCAGAACUUGGCAACCAAUUUGACGUCCAUGAGUCCAAUUACGAGCUGUCGAAAACAUUGAUUGAAAGAAAUUUUUCCAAUUUCUCCGCUUGGCUUCUUAAAUACACCAUACGUGAAUCCCUAAUCUGCACCGAAAACGAGUUAGAUCUGAUAAAAAAUGCAAUUUUCACGGAUCCGUUUGAUCAAAGUUUGUGGGAAUUUUAUAGAUGGUUUCUUUUUCAAAAGGGUAAUGACAAGGAGGAAAUAUUUUUCACUCUGUUGCAGAAUAAUUGCAUUUAUUUUUUUUUUCAAAACUUGGUUAAGGCUAAUCUAGCCAAAUCAAAGUGUUACGAUGAUAAUGGAAGGGAGGUAACUGGAGAGUGGGGCCAACAUUUGGUAGCUCUCAACAACCCACACGACAGUUUCGAAUCCUACGUAUAUUGUUUCAAACCCACCGAUAAGGAUAUCCUUUUGAGUGGCCAACCUACUUAUUUAAAAUUUUGUAUAUUUUAUUAUAAGUAUAAUCUUUACAAACCAGAGGAGGUACAUUACGAAAAAAAUGUCCUGCGCGAUCUGAUGAUGUGCCAUGACUUUUUAAGUGAAGAAGACAAGUAUGAGCACAACUUUGUGUACCUGAUCGAUUUCCGGAAGUUUUCCCAAAACGAACAUUUCAAAAUAUUACUAGAUUAUGAUAGCCAUAAGGGUAUAGACGCUAAAAUGGACACCAAGUCUAGUUGCGUUAGCCCAUUCACUCCGUUAUAUAAAUAUAUCAAUCGCUCCAACAUAUUGUUAAACACAUCCAAGCACAUAAAUUUCGCUUCAUUAAAUUUGGAGCUUGAGAACAUAAAUGAAUUACUACUUUUGGAAAGCAACUGCAAGUUUGCCUUAUUUACCAAGUUCGAAAUGUUAAAAAGGCUGGAACAGUUCGACGAACUUUUCCACCUACUUGAAUUGUUAAAGAAAGUGGAUAGCAUCCGGGUGGAGUACUACAAAGAAUUGGAGACGGAGCUGCGGAUACAUGGACUAAACAUUGACAGCGUAACUUACCCCCUCAUGAUUGAAGCCUUUUUUAUCCCCAGUAUUAAUCUGUCCAACAAUCUCAUAUCAGAGUCGUACACCGGGAAAUGUACAGUAAACUUUUUGUACAACCUGAGGGAGCUAAAUUUGAGUCAUAACAAAAUAAAGCGCCUCGUCGUGCUAAUGAAGAAUUUGUACAACCUGAAAUUACUGGAGAAGCUUGAUGUGAGCAGCAACGCACUGGCAAAUUUUGACGAAGAUCUGGACAACUACUCCUUUGUAUUGUUGCCCAAUUUGAAACAAAUUAACAUCAGCGACAGCAACCUUUCCGCACUGCUGAACCAGAGGUACAAGCAUAUGAACGAGCUCAACACGUAUAACGUGAUGCAGACCAGUGGGCGGGUAAUUUUAUCCAAAGGGUAA